CCAUCCCCGUUUCUGCGCCGCAGACGAUGAACGACUUUGAUUACCUGAAGCUGCUGGGGAAGGGCACCUUUGGGAAGGUGAUCCUGGUGAGGGAAAAAGCCACAGGGCGCUACUACGCCAUGAAGAUCCUGCGCAAGGAGGUCAUCAUCGCCAAGGACGAGGUCGCUCACACCGUCACUGAGAGCCGCGUGCUGCAGAACACCCGGCACCCCUUCCUGACGGCCCUGAAAUACGCCUUCCAGACCACCGACCGCCUCUGCUUCGUUAUGGAAUACGCCAACGGCGGCGAGCUCUUCUUCCACCUCUCCCGGGAGCGCGUCUUCACGGAGGAGCGCGCGCGGUUCUACGGCGCCGAGAUCGUUUCCGCGCUGGAAUACCUGCACUCCAGGGACGUCGUCUAUCGCGAUAUCAAGGUGCCACCAGCGCCCCCUGCCCGCCUCGUCCGCUCCGCGGCGCUUCUUUCUCUGCUUCCUUAUUCCCCUUGCUGUUGUCUCGCUGAUCCUCCAAGCUGACCGCCAUCUCUUCCCCACCCCCCAAAAAGAGGA